UCCCCGACACCUGUGAGGUGGAGAUAACUUUAGAUCACGCGUGUUCACUGCAUUCCGUUCGGGUAUGAUAAGACAGGACGUGUGUUUUGAACGAGGGUCUCGCAGCUUCUAGAACAUUUAUGGAUGGUUGUGUUCGCGAAAAAUGACGCAUUUCUUUUUUUUUACCUCAAGAGAUAAGGUAGCCUACUUGGGCAGAUUUGCUGGAAAUGUCUGUUUCGGCCAUUUCUCAGACAUCUUGACAUAAAUGGAAAAGAGAAGUCAUGUCUUGUGCAGAUGGGCAAGAGACCACUGGUGAUGAUGGAAGGCACUGUUUUGGCAAGAGAGAAGACAUCAUCCAGGCCAAGCGAGUUGUGAAGUUGGUGAAUGGCAGGGACGUUCUGGUUCUCCACCAUGAAGGAACAUUUUAUGCUCUGGAUGUGCACUGCUACCAUUCGGGUGGCAAUCUUGCACUGGGAGACAUUGAGGAAUUUGGUGGGCGGCUAUGUAUUGUGUGCCCAUGGCACAAAUACAAGAUCACCCUGUUAGAGGGGGAAGGAAUGUACCAGCCUGUGGAUCCUUCAGUCAAACCCCCACGUCCAGGGCCCUGGACUUCUAAGGGGGUGAAACAGAGGGUCCACUCUGUCACUGAGAGCAAUGGAUACAUCUAUGUCACUUUUAACCCUUCCACCGAGCCAAUUGAAUCAGACUGCUACCAGACCGAGAAGUACAGAGCCACACGUGCUAAAAUGCAACUCCAGAAGAAAAAGUGACAAGGAGGACAAGGACUUUUGUUGCUUCAUUGUUCAGGGUAAUUCUGACCAUUGCUGUGUUAUAUGGUGUACCUCCAUGUGUGUGCUGUGUGCUUACUGGUGCGGAGUGCGGAUAUUUGAACAGAAUAUAGUGUCGUUGAGCACCAACUCUGUGCACUUAACAGAAAUGACAAUCGCAAUAAAUAUAACUUUAUUGGUGUCCUCUAUUCAACAGUGACAUGGUCAUACAACUGCCUUCCACUAUGUAGCCUAGGGUCCGUUGAGGGUGAGUGUUCAAGGUUCUACGCUCAGCUUUUUGACCAUCAUGAGUGCUCCAUCCGGAGACAAGAAGUGCACUUCAUGUCAUUGGAAUUUUCAGUGUGAACGUCCCUGACACACUCAAUUAGGUAUUGUACGUUUAGAAGUAUGCUAUUUCAGACACAGUGUAUGUGAUCUUAUUUGAACCAAAGCCCCUUUAAGCAGGGCAAGGCGCAUUUCAUACACAGAGGCACCUCAAUGGGCAUUACAUAAGUAAAAGAAAUUAUAACAAAUUACUGUAAAAUCAAAGCAAUUUUUGCUUUGAUUUUACAGUAAUUUAUCAUUUCUUUUGACCAAGAAUAUAUUUUUAGACAUUUUCUUUAAAAGUAAAGUAUGAAAGUCAUAAAACAGAGUGCUUGUGAUUAAAAGUGCAUUUGAUCAAGGAAUCUGAGAACAUGUGAAUAACUUGGCAGCUAAUGAUGCAUGUGCGAUAUCUGUCAUUAAUGAAACUCCCACAGCUAUCUGUUCCCUCCUGUCUUCAUGUUCUUGGUGCAAAAUUCCAGGAAUUUUCAAAGUUGGGAUAACUUGCAAUGGGAAUGAAUGGGAAUAUACAGCAUUCCCCUAAUUCCCUAGCCUGGCUGACGCGACCACAUCUCACCGCGCAAGGCAGGAUGGGAACACCCAGGCUACUAAUUCCCAUUCAUUUUCAUGAAUUCUGUUCAUUCUAAUAUUUCCAAAAUCCCCCAGCUUAACUUCCCAUACGUUUCUGGAAAUGUACAGGCCAGCUAUUGUCAUUAUAUUCCAAACCCAGAUGAUGAUUCUGUAUAUGACGCUAUUUACAGUACGUACAUGUUCUACAAUCCUACUUUUCUCAUGUGGAUCCAUGUUUGUUUGUUUUGCCAAUCGAACAACAGAGAUCAUUCAUGUUUCUGCCUGUGUGUGCGUUCUCUUGCUGGUUGCUGAUCCAAUUAAAAAGGCUGUGUUGAAACAAA